CUUUACUACCUCUAGACUGUCCUUUCAGUGACCCGAGCAGCACAUCUCUCAGCUCGACUACGCGUAUGAGUGUGGAAUUCAGUCCCCAAGAGUCGCGUCUCGAAGGGCUGUUUCUAGAGGAACUAGAACCACGGCGUCGAAAGGAUGAUGACGAUGACAAUUUCGCCAGACAUCAUGUCAACGGACAUGUUGUACCUCUUCCACUGAUCAAAUAGCACUGACAGACAGCAGUCCGCGCCAUCACAUCUCCAGCAUCUGCCGUACCUAUCAGAAGAGAAUCCCUUCUCAAAAUGCCCUCCGAAGGCCUCCAAAUCAAGGACCUCAAUCCGUCAAUCACGACCUUCACAGCUCCCUUCAACCGCUUCGCCCCUCUCGGCCGCUCACUUCCCACCUUCAUAGCAGUCGGCAACCGCGCCACCGCUGUGCGCCUUGUCAACUCCCAAAUCCUCCUCCUCAAUCCCAUACAGCUCGAGCCCAGAAUUCAAAACAAGCUCGACCAACUGGGUGGUGUACACUACCUCGCUUGCGAUCUGGGCCAUCACAUGUACGUCGCUUCAUACCUCCACAUCUGGCCCACGGCCAAAACGAUAGGCGUGCCAGGGUUGGAGGGGAAGCGUAAGGACGUGAAAUGGGAUUAUAUCAUCGACUCCUCUAGUAGAAAGAAGAAGAACAACAACAGCGACAACGACGACGUCAUGGGAAACAAAAGCGAUAUGUACCCCAGCUGCCUCGAGCUCGAUCUCGAGUUCGUCUUCUUUGAAGGCUUCAUCACAAAUUGCAUCGCCUGGUAUCACAGGCCCACCAAAACCUUGAUUCAAUCCGAUUUACUCAUGAACCUACCUUGCACAGAACAGUAUGAUCCGUCUUCUUCAGCAACACAAGGACCUGGAUCGUGGCUAUUUGCUCAACUAGCAAAUCCAAGAUCUGAUGGAUUUCGGAGGUUGAUUUGGUAUAUUGCUACAGUAGAUUAUAGCUUGGUCAGGAGAGACGCUAAAGCUGUUGCCGAGUGGGAGAUUCAGCGCAUUAUACCCUGUCAUGGGGAUGUGAUUGAAGGAGGAGGCAAUGAGGUGUGGGAGGAGGCGUAUAAGUGGUUCUUGAUGGGAGGGUCAAGACCUGAUGUGUUCAGAUCGUUGGUGGAUCGUGUGGGGUUUAUGAGGUUGGUGAGGCGUGUAUUCUUGAUGUGAAAGCUGUGUGGUGAAUGCUUAAAUCACUUUUACUUGCCUACAUGUAGUCACAAGUGACAAGAAGCCGCGAAAUUAGAAGAGACCGAGGAUGAGAGACCUCUACCACAAGCCUAAAAAUUGCCUUCUUUUCGGGAGUUGCAGAUGCUAUGGCGGGAGGCCUAUGUAUUCA